AUGGAGGCUAUCUCAGCCGAGAAUAGAACCUUUGAUAUUUUGAAUAUGGUCUCCUGUGGGCGUGACCAGGAUUUUGGCUACUACCAGAUCCAUACGCCUCAGGGGAGCAGUCAAGUGUCUCGCGCCUGUCAGGCUCCGACCUCUCUUGAUUUUCAAGUCGAACGACGGACUCUCUCGAGUAUCGAGACGGCCUGGCACUCUGUCCGUCUUGAGUAUGCAUCUCUGGUUUCAGAAUCAUCUGUACUCCACGGCACAUCGAACCAGUCUGCUUCACCCAAAUGGGAUCAUCGCUUGCUGGGGUGGUCGCCCGAAGAUAUCUACAGUGUCUCAAAGGAUACGGAGAUCUACUCCCUUAUAGAGGGACACAAUAUCGGACCUGCGUUCCUAGCCCAUAUCACCGAGAACGGUGAUAGUGUGAUCGGUUAUGCUGUCGAGAGAAUCCCGGGUCGUCGCGCCACGAUCGUUUUCCUGGUGGCAGAUGAUGGCCAUGUCGUUCAACAUGACUUUUCUGAGUCAUUCCUCACAGGCGAUGAUGUCGCACAUGCCAAAUAUAUGGAUUCUCUUGUGGAUAUACUGUGGCAAGGCUGGCUUCCUCCUCACCGCCCACUCGAUCAGGAGCUGGGAGAGAAACUCGAGAAGAUCGACAAGCGUGAUGAUGGCAUUCACGCCGUAACACUUGGCCAGGCCGUGCUGCAGGAUAAGGUGGAUAUCAACAGGAGGAGCACGGAAAACUACUUGGAGAAUUAA